AUGAUGUUAGAUAAAUCACCUAGUAAGAAACUAAAGAAGGAGGUAAAAUCAGUCAAUAGAGAAAAAUCAGUGAACCUGAAAAAACUUAUUGAUGAAUUGUUGUCUAAAUGUUAUCCUACACAAAUUGUCGAAAUUGUUGAAAUGAAUGCACCAGGAGGAGGUAACACUAAUUUUCUAUACUUUUUUAGAAAAAUUGAUCAUGCUGAAUCUAAAAAUGAGUAUAAAAAGGAUAAUGGUAAAGAAACAUCCAAUGCACUGGUUUUCAAUGAUGUUAAAAACCAAAUUUCAGAAGUAAGCGAUGGUGCUUUGCGGGAGAGAAUGGAAAGGGCUCAGAAAAUAUAUAAACUUUUCACUACUAUUGUUAACG